AGGACGCGGCCCAGUAAUAGCUAAACCUGGGGCAGCCGCACCCACCCGGUCGCCAUGGAGCUUCCCUCGGGGCGGUGUGGGGAUCCUCGCUCCUGUGACGAAGAGUCGGACCCCGAGCCAGACCCGGACCCUGACGCUCAGGCUGAGGCCUACGUAGCCCGUGUUCUCACCCCACCCAAACCUGGCCUGACCCCGCGGCGCUCGUCGCUGAAGUCCACGCUCUCCGCGUCCCUGGGCGCGCCGGAGCGAAAGGCUGCCCCCAGAGUCCCGGCCGUGCGCCUGCCGGGCCUACUGAGCCUUCCCCCGGAGCUGCUGCUGGAGAUCUGCGCCUACCUGGAUGCACGGGUCGUGCUCCACGUCCUGCCGUGCGUGUGCCAAGCACUCAACGACCUUGUGCGUGAUCAUGUCACCUGGAGGCUACGCGCUCAGCGCCGCGUACGCGCACCCUACCCAGUGGUGGAAGAGGAGGACUUUGACUGGCCAGCCGCCUGCAUCGAGCUGGAACAGCACCUGGCCCGCUGGGCAGAGGAUGGACAGAGAGCCGAGUACUUCUGCCUAGCUGAUGGGCACUUUGCUUCCAUUGAUGCAGUGUUGCUGCUCCAGGGUGGGGCACUGUGUUUGUCAGGCUCCCGAGAUCGCAACGUCAACCUGUGGGACCUACGACAUCUAGGGAAGGAGCCUAAUCGAGUUCUGGUGAAGGCCUUGGGAACCCAGGGCAAUAGCACACACACGGGCUGGGUGUGGUCGCUAGCAGCACAGGACCACCGUGUGUGCUCCGGCUCUUGGGACAGCACUGUGAAGCUGUGGGACAUGGCAGCUGAUGGGCAGCAGUUUGGCGAGAUCAAGGGCAAGGCGGCAGUGCUGUGCCUCUCCUACCAACCUGACAUCCUCGUGACUGGUACCUAUGACAAGAAGGUGACCACCUAUGAUCCCAGAGCUGGCUUGGCUCUGGUGAAGAGCCGGAGGCUGCAUUCGAGUGCUGUGCUAGCGGUGCUGGCAGAUGACAGGCAUAUCAUCUCAGGCAGUGAGGACCACAGUCUUGUGGUAUUUGAUCGCCGAGCCAACAGAGUCCUGCAGCGGCUGCAGCUGGACUCCUAUUUGCUCUGCAUGUCCUACCAGGAGCCCCAGCUCUGGGCGGGUGACAACCAGGGCCUGAUGCACGUCUUCGCCAACCGAGAUGGUUGCUUCCAGCUUGUCCGGUCCUUUGAUGUGGGUCACCAGUCUCAGAUCACAGGGAUCAAGCACUCGCUGGGGACUUUGUAUACAACAUCUACUGACAAGACCAUUCGGGUUCACGUGCCCACAGACCCACCUAGGACCAUCUGUACCAGAAGCCACCACAAUGUAUUGAAUGGGAUCUGUGCUGAGGGCAACGUGGUGGUGGCUGCCUCUGGUGGCCUGUCACUGGAGGUCUGGAGGCUGCUGGCCUAAACAGCUGGACAUGGCUGCGAUGGAUGUUGGUAUACACUGCCUGCUGAGGCUGCCCUAGGCCUCAGCUCUGGAGAACCUUCCUACAAUUGGUGCUGCUUCUGCCCUGCUCCACAGGCCUGGGGCAUAAGAAGCCCAGGGCUGGGCCCACGCCUAUGCCUGUGGAGGUGACAUUCUAGUUUUAGCCACCCAGGGGGCUAUUCCCUACCUUCUACCCCUGGUUGUUUUGUUUUAUUUGUUGAGGCGGUCUCCAUGGAAUCCAGGCUGGCCUCACACUUACUAUGUAUUUGAGCCAAGCCUUGAAUGCCUGGUCCUCCUGCUUCAGUCUCCAAGUGUUGGGAUAAUGGGUACACCGCCACCCUGGGUGAUCCCUAUUUUGUUAGGUUGGGUGCCUCUUUCCCACAGGAGAGUGAAGAAGGAAUAAAUGACCUACUGUGCAAUUGUUGGGAACUGGAGUGUGAGCUU